GACAUGGGCAAGAAUGUGUUUUAUCCCUCUGUGUCUGUCUUACACAGAUCAUGGGCUUAGGAAAUGGUUGUGUAGGGUAAUGCUAGUAAGAAAACUUGACAUUUCCUAGAUGGUUGGAAUUAACCAGGACUUCUCUGGAAGACGUAAAAGAAACUGAAUGAGAAAUCAUAGUAGUCAUCUGGCUAUGGGUAUGAAGCUCGUCAACUGAAGGAAAUCAAGUGCUGGCCAAACAGCUGGAGAUGAAGCACGUAGCAGGGACUCUUGACUUUGUCUCAACUAAGGAAUACGGGGUGCUUUGCAUUCAGGAAUACAGAAAAAAUAGCAAAGUGGAGUCAAGUACACAUAACAGCUUCAUGGGCUUGAAGGAUCAUCUGGGGCACGACUUGGGCCACCUUUAUGUGGAGAGUACUGACCCACACUUAAAUACAUCUGUACCUUGGUCAAUGGUAGAGAAGCCAACAAUGGAUAAAGUCAAUUCCGGGAAGGAAGAAAAAGAGGUGUCUGAAGAGAAUACGAGUUCUGGUGACUCCGAAGAAAGCACACAUUCUGAUAAUGAGUCAGAACACUUGAGGAGCGUUUCAGUAGAGCCAUGCUUAUUAACCAAGACUCACAGACAACUGUGUAGGUCUCCCCGCUUAGAGCCUCACAUACUCAAACGCAGCGACAUUUUGCAGGACUUUAAACCUGAGGAGUCCCAGACGACGUCCAAGGAAGUGAAGAAGCCCCCUGAUGUGGUGCGAGAAUACCAAACAAAACUGGAGUUUGCGCUGAAGUUAGGCUAUUCGGAAGAACAGGUUCAGCUCGUGCUCAAUAAACUCGGUACCGAUGCUUUAAUCAACGACAUCCUGGGAGAGCUCGUCAAGCUUGGAAAUAAAAGCGAGGCUGAGCAAACAGUGAGUACAAUGACCAGCGUCCCGCGGGACUCGUCUUCCCUGGAGUCUCAGCGGUCUGACUCUCCGAUGCAAGAGAGCACAGCGGACGAUGGGGAGAAUCUGAGGCCAGUUGUCAUUGACGGUAGCAAUGUGGCAAUGAGCCAUGGAAACAAAGAAGUAUUUUCCUGCCGGGGAAUCAAAUUGGCAGUGGAUUGGUUUUUGGAAAGAGGCCACAAAGAUGUUACAGUUUUUGUUCCGGCUUGGAGGAAAGAGCAGUCCCGGCCUGAUGCUCUCAUCACAGAUCAAGAAAUUCUGCGAAAAUUAGAGAAGGAGAAAAUCCUGGUAUUCACACCAUCCCGACGAGUCCAGGGCAGGCGGGUGGUGUGCUAUGAUGACCGGUUCAUCGUGAAGCUGGCUUUUGAGUCAGAUGGGAUCAUUGUGUCCAAUGACAACUACAGGGACCUGGCAAACGAGAAACCGGAGUGGAAGAAGUUCAUAGAUGAGCGAUUGUUAAUGUACUCCUUCGUCAAUGACAAGUUCAUGCCCCCUGAUGACCCGCUUGGCAGACACGGCCCAAGCCUGGAUAAUUUUCUGAGGAAGAAACCUAUUGUUCCUGAACACAAAAAGCAGCCUUGUCCAUACGGAAAGAAGUGUACCUAUGGACACAAGUGCAAAUAUUACCACCCCGAGAGGGGCAGUCAGCCACAGCGGUCAGUGGCCGAUGAGCUUCGUGCCAUGUCUAGAAACACCGCGGCCAAAACCGCCAACGAAGGAGGACUGGUGAAGAGCAACAGUGUUCCCUGCAGCACGAAAGCGGACAGCACUUCCGAUGUCAAACGAGGUGCUCCAAAGAGGCAAUCGGACCCAAGCAUAAGGACCCAAGUCUACCAAGACCUAGAGGAAAAGCUUCCCACCAAAAACAAAUUGGAAACCAGGUCUGUACCUUCUUUAGUUAGUAUCCCGGCUACUUCUACUGCAAAACCCCAAAGCACUACAUCUCUAAGCAAUGGCCUUCCAUCUGGAGUUCACUUCCCACCUCAGGAUCAAAGACCACAGGGACAAUAUCCUCCAAUGGUGAUGGCAACCAAAAAUCAUGGAACGCCAAUGCCUUACGAACAGUAUCCCAAAUGCGACUCGCCUGUUGACAUCGGAUACUAUUCCAUGUUGAAUGCAUAUUCAAAUCUGAGUAUCUCAGGCCCACGCAGUCCUGAAAGGCGUUUCUCCCUGGACACAGAUUACAGGAUCAGCUCUGUAGCUUCUGACUGCAGCAGUGAAGGGAGCAUGAGCUGUGGGAGCAGUGACUCCUACGUGGGGUACAACGACCGGUCCUACGUCAGUUCUCCUGACCCUCAGCUGGAAGAGAAUCUCAAGUGCCAACACAUGCGCCCGCACAGCCGCCUUAACUCCCAGCCCUUCCUGCAGAAUUUCCACGACCCCUUAGCUAGAGCUCAAAGCUACAGUCACGAAGAACCAAAGUACCAUCACAAGCCUCCUCUGCCACACCUGGCCGUGCAUCUGCAGCACCCAGCCGUGGGGGCCCGGUCCAGCUGCCCCGGCGAGUACCCCUCCCCUCCGAGUUCCGCGCACCCGAAGGCACCCCACCUGGGCCGCUCCCUCGUGGCCACACGAAUAGACAGCAUUUCGGACUCCCGGCUGUACGACAGCUCUCCUUCCCGACCGAGAAAGCCUUACUCCCCCCAGGAAGGGCUGGGAAGCUGGGAUCGGCAGAGCUACGGCGUGGACGCGUACAGCUACCGGCAGACUUACUCCUUGCCCGACAGCUCCACGCAGCCGUGCUACGAGCAGUUCACCUUCCAGAGCCUGCCCGAGCAGCAAGAGCCGACGUGGCGCAUGCCGUACUGCGGGAUGCCACCAGAUCCUCCAAGGUACCAAGACAACCGAGAGAAGAUUUACAUCAACUUGUGCAACAUCUUCCCCCCUGACCUUGUGAGAACUGUCAUGAAGAGGAACCCUCACAUGACAGACGCCCAGCAGCUCGCCGCGGCCAUCUUAGUGGAGAAGUCACAGCUGGGCUAUUGAAAGAUGAUGCAUCUUUGUGGUGUUUAGUAGUUUUUUGUUCAGCUCAAAUGCUGAGGGAGGUUUGCUACAAUAGCACACGUGAUCUCCUUCUCGGCAAGGAGGUUAUCUAGUAUCCAUUUAUGUGAAAUACUGUAUCAUGGAAUCUGUAUGUAUAGCCCCACGUAGUGGAAGUAUCACGGGAUUGCUUUACAUUCAAACUUUUUUUUAAACAUUUCCUUUUUAAAGCUCUCUCCUUGGCUGGAAAUUUUUCCAGUUUGAUUUAUUAGAUGUCUCUGUGAUCUUUGAUAUUAAUCUUUGGUGCAUCAGGGGUUUAUAUGCAGCACUUUUUAUCCUUGUUUCGUGUUUUAUUAACUUGGUGUUUGUCUAUCAAUUGCAAGCAAUUACAAUACUUUCAGAAUGUCGAACAUUUGACGAGACCCUAGCCGACUAUUUUUGCAAGCCAAGCUUAAUUGGAAUCUUUUACAGCUUUUUAAGUUAUUUUUAUUUGGGGGAGGUGGGCUUCUUUGUGCUGUAAUCAUUAUUUAUAGAAACAAAGAUAUACGACAGCACUGACUUUAUAUUUUAAACAAAAUGUAAGUUACCGGUUUAUAUGGAAAUGGGUAACAGUCUAUAUUAGAAUGAUUUACAACAUGGCACUUUUCAUUGUUUUAUUUUUGUUCGGGUUUUUUUUUCUGUUAAGUAAUUAGUUAAUUUAAUACGGUUGACUUAAAGGAAAGCAGAUGCAAUCAAUGGAAAAAAUUGUUUCCAUUUUUUUUUUUUAACGAGUAAGGCAAAAGCCGUAACUAUUCCAGUUUAGAGCUUUGUUAUCCAGCUAUGAUGUGCUUCUAGACGGUAGAAAAUGGAACUGAAUUCCCAGAUUCUCAUUAACCUGUAUUUUUAAUGUGUUCGUCCUUCUUGUUUCGGGGCACAACAAUACUGGAUAAAAGAACCCUUUCACAGUA